AUGGCACAUAAACAGACACCAAGAGACUUCUUGAAACUCAUAGUCGGGAGACCAGUGGUAGUUAAGCUUAACUCAGGUGCUGAUUACAGAGGUGUUCUAAUUUCUCUAGACGGUUAUAUGAAUGUGGUGUUGGAACAGACCGAAGAAUACGUUGAUGGUCAGCUGAAAAACAAAUACGGUGAUACGUUCAUCCGAGGAAACAACGCACACAAAAGCGUUGGUGAUGGAUAUAAUUUGUACAGGCCUUUUUUAUAUGAACAAAUCGCGUGCUUAAUUCGCAAAAUAAAUGUGCUUACUCCUGUAUAUUUACGUUUCCUGAAACCAUAG